AUGGUCAUUAAAAUGAAGUUAAUUCAAUUUGAUGGAAAUGCAUUAGCAUCUGGCAGUUAUGAUAAGUCUAUUAGUUUAUCGGAGGUUAAGACAGGAUUAUAAAAAGCCAAAUUAUUUGGUCAUUCAAAUAAUGUUAAUUCAAUUUGUUAAUCUCUUGAUAGUACUAUAUUAGCUUAUGGUAGUCAUGAUCAGUCUGUCCGUUUAUGGGGGAUGUUAAGACAGGAUUAUAGAAAGCCCAAUUAGAUGGUCAUUCAAGCCCAGGUAAAUUCAAUUUGCUACUCUCCUAAUCGAAAUACAUUAGUAUCCGUUUAUGGGAUGUUAAGACAGGAUAAUGAAAACCAAAUAAGAUUGUUCAUUCAAAUAGUGUUACUUCAAUUUGCUACUCUCCUAAUAGUACUAAAUUAGCAUCUGGUAGUCAUGAUCAAUCUAUCCAAUUAUGGGAUGUUAAGACAGGAUUUUAAAAAGCUCAAAAUUAGAUGGUCAUUCUGGAACAGUUAAUUCAAUUUGUUACUUUCCUGAUGGAAAUACAUUAGUAACUGGUAGUAAAGAUAAGUCUAUUAGUUUUAUGGGAUGUUAAGACAGGAAAAUUAAAAGCCAAUGAAGAUGGUCAUUCAAGUGCAGUUAACUCAAUUUGUUACUCUCCUAAUGCAAAUACAUUAGCAUCUUGUAAUCAUAAUAAGUCUAUCUAUUUAUGGGAUGUUAAGACAGGAAAAUUACAAGCCAUUCAAGAUAGUCAUUCAGAUAUGGUUUAUUCAAUUUGUUACUGUCCUGAUGGAAAUACAUUAGUAUCUGGCAAUCAUGAUAACUCUAUCUGUUUAUGGGAUGUUAAGAUAGGAAAAUGAAAAGCCAAUGAAGAUGGUCAUUCAAGUGCAGUAUUUUCAAUUUGUUACUCUCCUGACUGAAAUACAUUAGCAUCUGGCAGUCAUGAUAAGUCUAUCUGUUUAUGGGAAGUUAAAACAGGAAAAUGAAAAGCCCAACUUAGAUGGUCAUUCAAUUGAAGUUAUUUCAAUUUGUUACUCUCAUAAUGGAAAUACAUUAGCAUCUUGUAAUCAUGAUAACUCAAUCCGUUUAUGGGAAGUUAAGACAGGAUUAUGAAAAGCCAAAUUAGAUGGUCAUUCAAGUGCAGUUUUUUCAAUUUGUUACUCACCUAAUGGAAAUACAUUAGCUUCUGGUAGUCAUAAUUGGUCUAUCUGUUUUAUGGGAUGUUGAGACAGGAUAAUGAAAAGGCAAAUUAGAUGGUCAUUAAUAUGCAGUAAAUCAAUUGUCCUGAUGGAAAUACAUUAGCAUCUGGCAGUCAUGAUGGGUCUAUCUGUUUUAUAGAAUCUUAAAACAGGAAAAUUAAAAGCCAAAUUAGAUAGCCAUUCAGAUAUGGUUUAUUCAAUUUGUUACUCUCCUAAUGGAAAUACAUUAGCAUCUGGCAGUUAUGA